UUCUCACUCAUUUUUCUUUAUACGCUAGAAAACAAAAAAUCUCUUUCUGUUCCAUCGCCUUAACCAUGAAGAGCGUCAUUAUCAUUGUAGCUAUACUAUGCCUCGUCUCUUUCCCAAACCUUACCGUCGGAUUAACAAAGAAACCAUGGCCUAAGCCGUCGGAUCUAGCCAACCACAAUGACAACUUCGGUGACUCUAAGGUUGGUUGGGCUUGCUCCUCCACCUCAGACCCCAACGCUCCUCCUUCACCUCCCGGCUCGUUCCCUAACAUCCCAAAAAUCCCUGGAAUCCCCACUAUCCCCUUUCCAAACAUCCCGGGAAUCCCGGGAAUGCCAACAAUCCCGGGACUCCCUAAUAUCCCGGGACUCCCGGGUCCUCCGUUCGAGUCUCUUCUCGUGUCGCAAUCCAGUGAGUUAGAGAAGUGUUUGUCCAAGGAUGGAUCGAAAGCGAACGAGAAAUGUUUCUCGCAAAUAUUUUCUAGUUGGGCGGAGAACGAUUUUGCGUUAGACAAAGAGUGUUGUGAGAUCGUUUUGAAUAUGAACAAGAGGUGUCACAGCCAUCUUCACAUGAUGUUUAAGAGCCAUUUCUUUGCUCCUCUCCUUCAAUAUUCUUGUCACAUCAAGCACGCCAAGAACUAA